CCCAGCCUGCACCGCGCCACGGCACCCCCUCUUCCCGGUGACCGGGGCCUCCCGGCAUGCACCGCGGCGCCGUUGUCAUAGCGACCGUGUCCCGGCGUGCAACGGGAGCGUGGCGCGUCCGGACUACAGUUCCCGUCGUGCCCCGCCACGCUCCGCAGCGCCCCCUGGCGGCCGGCGAGACCCCGGACCGGAGGCAGGACCCAAGAUGGGGGAUGAUGUGGGGCGCCGGGCCCUGCUGGCUGUGCUGCUGUGGGUCCCCAUGCUGGGGGUGAUGGCGGCGGAGGACAAGGCGGAGGAUGGCCAGGACGGCUUUCUGGGCCGCGCCGCUGACGAUGUGCUGUUGCGGUUCGGCCGAACCGCUUGGGAGACCCUGGGGAGCUGGGUGGGCCCCCAGCCCCUGCAGCUGGUGGCGGAGAGCCUCGCCGCCACCCUCUGGGUCAUAUCCUCGGGGAUCUCGGCAGCCCUGACCGCGCUCUGCGAGAUCCUGGGCGAUCUCCUGGCCGCCUCCGGCGUCAGCGGGGACCGGCUGGUGCGCGUGGCGGCGCUGAGCCCCGGCGAGGUGCAACGGGUGCUGCUGUGGGGACUGGCUGCCCUGGUGGGCUCCUGGUUGCUGUCGCGGCUCUGGGGGCUGCUCCUGCCCAUGCUCCGCUGGGUGAAGGUCUGCUGUUUUCUGGGUGCUUUUCUCCACGUCACGGCCUCCCAGGAGAGCCCCACGGUGCAGGCGGGGAUGCUGCUGGGGCUGUGGGUGCUCUACACCCUGCUGGGACGCCUGGUGGGGUCCUCCAGCCCCAGCACCCAGCUGGAUGCCACCGUGCGCAGCCUGGAGUGGAAGGUGGAGGAGCUGCGGCGGCGACAAAAAUGGGGGGGCCCCCGUAACCGGGAAGAGUGACCUCCCCCCCGCCCCCCUGCCGCAGGGGGUCAGCCCGCCCCGCUGCACCAUCCCCAGCACACCCCACUUGGCUCCAUCCCCCCUGCUGAGCCCCCCCCAGCCCCUUUCUCUGCCCCCCGCCGCUGCCCUGGUUCUCCCUGGGGGGACCCUGCUCCCAUGGACACCAGCCUGGGAGCCCCCCAUCCUUCUGGGGGCACAUAGGAAGGACCCCCACCUCAGUGCAGCGCCCCCAAAGCUGGGACCCCGCUCCCUGUGCGCACACCACAGUGCCUUCACAUGAGUGCCUUCCCCGGGGAGCAGGUGGGGGUCCUCCAAAGGCCCUGGCAGCCCCCCUGCACCCCCCCAGCCCCAAAUCCAGGCCUGCCGUGGAGGGGAGGACGGCGUCCUAAUCCCUGCUUGCCCGGCCUGGUGGCGGUUGUGCCUGUCCAGCCGGCUCUGGCAGCGGCUCGGCACGCAAAGGGGAACCCGCUCCCCAUCCCCCGGGCAUCUCCUCAGCCCAAAAUGGGGGCUCUGCUCGUGCAGGGGGGGCACACAAUCCCCCUCGGGGCCGGCAGCUGCACCCCGCGCUGUCAGUUUUAAGCUGCUUUUUAAACUGUUUUGAUAUGUGGUUUCGAAUAAACACGGUUUCAUCCUUG